GGCUGUUAAUUUGGCCUCAAGUUUUGAAAAGUUUUUUAAGGAAUUCAAGACAGAAAGUAAAAUCCUCUCUCAGGAAACCAUCACAUUGAUUCAAUCAUACUUGGUGAAAGGGGACCUUCAGAGAGCAUUUUCAGAAAUCAAUGAUGCAUUGAUAGAAAUGGAGAAUGCUCAAGUGAACAUUGCCGUGACCGGGGAGUCUGGCACAGGGAAGUCUAGUUUCAUCAAUGCCCUGCGGGGGGUGCAGCAUGAGGACAAAUUGGCUGCCCCAAUUGGGGAAGUGGAGACAACCAUGCAGAGGACCCCAUACAAACACCCGAAGUUCCCCAAUAUGACAUUAUGGGACCUGCCUGGCAUAGGGACCAUUAAUUUUCAGCCACAAGAUUAUCUGAAGAAGAUGAAAUUUGAUGAGUAUGACUUCUUUAUUAUCAUCUGUGCUGCACGUUUCAAAGAAAAUAAUGUACAGUUGGCUACAGCAAUUAGAAAUAUGAAGAAGAAUUUCUGUUUUGUUCGAACUAAAGCGGACAGUGAUUUACAUAAUCUAGAAAAGAGUAAACCCGCCACAUUCAAUAAGGAUAAAGUCCUGCAAAUGAUCCACAAUGACUGUGUGAAACAACUGCAGAAAGCCAAUAUGAGUGACACACAGAUCUUCUUAGUCUCUAGUCAUAAGCCGUCUGGCUAUGAUUUUCAAGGCCUGGAGAACACCCUUCUGAGGGAGCUCCCAGCCCACAAGCGCCACAGCUUCAUGCAAUAUCUGCCAAACAUUACUGAGGCCGACAUUGACUGGAAGAGAGAUUCUCUGAGACAGAAGAUAUGGUUGGAGGCCCUGAGGGCUGAAAUAUCAGCCACUAUCCCUUUGGUGGGUUACACCAGUGAUAACAAUGUGAAGAGCCUGGAAGAGACUUUGACCCUUUAUAGGUCUUACUUUGGACUGAAUGACACAUCCUUGGAAACCAUGACCAAGGACUUGGAUGUGUCAGUAGAGGAACUCAAGGCAAACCUUAUAUCCCUCCAUUUAGUAUCAACUGAGAAGGAUGAGGAGUUGUUAGGGUAAAGAUGUGGAAGUAUAUGGAAAACUUCCGCUCUAUUAGUGCAGGAUUCAUUGACACUAGUGUGUAAUGUAGGAAGAUUUUCUAUUUGCAAAUUUUUUUCCUUGAGGCCAUGGUAAUUGAUACUAAAGUUUUCUUUAAAAAGAAGAGAU